UGUGUGUGUGCUACGGCUGCUUCUACUUGUCACUCAUUGUGGUGCUACUGCUGUUGCUGCGCGUACAAGGGGGGUGUAGAGACCUAUAGGACCCGCAUCGCUCCUGUCACUGAAGAAUAUUCCCAAAGCCGGUGUACUUUCUUCUUUCGAGUCCAGUCCCCGGCCAAGUCUGCCCCUGCUACACCGUGCCUGUUUCCUUCAGGAGAAUAUCCUAUCUUUUGAGGAGGACAUUGCAAUGCUUCAAACCAGGGAUCUCAUCUGGACAUUGCUGUUCAUCGGCUGUGCAGCCUCAAUUCAGGUGCAGAUCACCCCAACGCAAGGAGAGAUCAGUGUGGGAGAAUCCAAGUUCUUCCUCUGCGAAGUUGUGGGAGAUGCCACGGACAUCGACUGGUACGCCCCCAGUGGCGAGAAGAUCGUCUCCAGCCAGGACGUCUUUGUGAGCCGCACGGAUGAGUCCACGUCCACCCUCACCAUUUACCACGCCACCGUGGACAGCUCCGGGAACUACAAGUGUGUGGCCAAAAGCGCCGACAAGGAGGCCCAGGCCACUGUCCAAGUGAAGAUCUUCCAAAAGAUCAGCUUCAAGAAUGCUCCAAGCCUGCAAGAGUUCAACGAGGGCGAUAACGCUGACAUCAUCUGCGAUGUGGUCAGCUCCCCUCCAGCCACCAUCUUCUGGAAACACAAGGGAGCCAAGAUCCACGUGGCCAAAGACGUGCGCUUCAAGAUCAUGGAGAACGCCCACCUGCAGAUCCGAGGCAUCAAGAAGACCGACGAAGGCAUGUACACAUGUGAGGCGCGUGUGAUGGCCAGGGGAGAGAUCGACUUUAGGGCCAUCAAGGUGGUUAUUAAUGUGCUUCCUACCAUCCGUAUCCGCCAGGCGGAGGUCAACGCCACGGCCGACAUCGGCACCUCCGCCAUGUUGGCGUGCGACGCAGAUGGUUUCCCCGAACCCACCGUCACCUGGGCUCGUAACAAUGUUGUCCUUGAAACGGACGAGAAGUACAGCCUGAACGAGGAUGGCUCUGAAUUGCUAAUAAAAGAUGUCACCAAAGUGGAUGAAGGAGAUUACACUUGCAUGGCCAAGAACAAGGCUGGGGAGAAGGAAGAGGAAGUCAGCCUGAACGUGUUCGUGACCCCCAGGAUCACCUACCUGAACAACCAGACGGCCUCUGAGCUGCAGGAGCAUGUGACUCUGACCUGCGAGGCGUCCGGCGAGCCUACACCCGCCAUCACCUGGAGCUUUGGCCCGCGGGUCUUCACUGAGAGAGAGCAGAGCUUGGAUGGAAACGUUGUCGUACGGAGCGACGCACGGGUCUCCUCUCUGACCCUAAAGUACGUGCAGUUCAGCGAUGCUGGCCAGUACCUCUGUACUGCCCGGAACCCCAUAGGCCAGGACAGCAAGAACAUGUACCUGGAAGUCCGCUACUCUCCUAAGAUCCAGGGCCCGGUGACAGUGUACACGUGGGAGGGGAAUUCGGCCAACAUCAGCUGCGAGGUGCUGGCCCACCCGGGGGCCUCUGUGGUCUGGUUCAGGGACGGCCAGCAGCUGCCCUCCGCCAACACCACCAACAUUAAGAUCUACAGCACCCCCACCGCCAGCUACCUGGAGAUCACCCCCGAAUCCCAGAACGACUUCGGAAGCUACAACUGCACAGCGACCAACGUGAUUGGCUCAGAGUCAAAAGAGUUCCUUAUGAUCCAAGCAGAGGUGCCCUCGGCCCCCACCGUGGAGAAGGUGGCUUCCUUCUCCAGCACGGCCAUGGUGGAGUUUGAGGAGCCCGACUCCAACGGCGGAGUGUCCGUCCUCAGGUACAAGGUGGAGUGGCGCCAGCCCGGACAGGAUUGGUCCAGCCGGGAGUUUGAGGUUGAGACCGGUACCAACCAAAUCAUCCUCACCGGCCUGAAGCCGGAGACUGCCUACGAGGUCAAGAUGGCCGCCGUCAAUGGCAAGGGAGACGGCGAGAGCAGCCCUUCUACCGCGUUCACGACGGAGCCAAUCCGGUAUACUUUCACAACUCCACCAGAGACCUCAACCCCCUCCAUCCCUCCUCCAACCACUCUGCCCCUUAGGGAACCCAGUGCACCCAAGCUGGAGGCCAAGGUGCAGAAGAAGGGUAACGCCCUCAAGGUGAACUGGGUGAAGCAGGAUGACGGAGGCACCCCCAUCAAGCACUACCUGGUCAGAUACAAACCUAAGCACGUGUCUGACUGGAGGCCUGAGAUCCGCGUGCCCCACGGCAGCGACCACGUGCUGCUGCAGGCCCUGGACUGGAACACUGAGUACGAGGUGUACGUGGUGGCCGAGAACCAGCAGGGCAAGUCCAAGCCCGCCGUUGUCUCCUUCAGGACGGCCAUGCAGCCCACCGCCAUCCCAGAAGUCGGGGGCUCAGGCCUGGGGACGGGCGCCAUCGUGGGCAUCCUGAUGGUGGUCUUCCUUCUGCUGCUGGUGGGCGUGGACGUCACCUGCUACUUCCUCAACAAGUGCGGCCUGCUGAUGUGCAUCGCCGUCAACUUCUGCGGCAAGACGGGUCCCGGGGCCAAAGGCAAGGACAUCGAGGAGGGCAAAGCCGCAUUCACGAAAGAUGAAUCCAAGGAGCCCAUUGUGGAGGUGAGGACAGAGGAGGCGAACCCCCCCACCCAGGACGGAGGUGCUCCCACAGAGCCCAGCGAGACCACCCCUUUGACGGAGGCUGAUAUUAAAGUGGCGAUCGACGACAAGGCUAACGCUAAUGAUGCUAUAACCAAGGAGGCUAACGCCACGGAGACGAAGGAGGUGAAGGAGGUGGACGCCGUGCCCAACUCCACCACCGAGGUGAAGACCGUCCCAAACGAGGCCCCCGUUGCCAACGGCAACGAGAGCAAAGCGUAACUCCUCCGGGACCCUCAUCCACCUCCAACAUCACCACCUUCAACCCCACAUUGCCUAUACCUUAUGAUUCCUCCAACAGUGUUUAAUGAGAGCGGGUGUGGAGGAAGAGGAGUGGGUGGAGAUGGAGGUGGAGCUGGA